ACUCUUCAGUUUUCCGAGGUCUCCUUCCGCAAAUCAACGUAGUUCGCAUGGCUUGCGAUAAAAAAAACAUGACAUUUUAAUGCAACGACAAUUACACUGAUGCUGUACAGUAUUUGAGUUGAUCUCCAUAUACAAUUGUUACAGGAUGAUUAUCAAAAAUGUGUGUCUGGUUGUAGGGCGUUUGAAAUAGGACACCGCUGGUCAUUUAACGUUCUCGUACGCCGCGGAAGGAUACUCUUUUGGAACCGACAAUGUGGAGGCUGUUAAAAUGUCUACUCGGAAGAUGAAAUGGUUACAAUUGUAGCAACUAAAAUUAUCGCAUGAUAUAUCACAAGAGUUAUGAAUCUAUUUGCAAUCAUUGUUUCAUUUUCGUGACGUGGACUGUAUAACGAACCAAGGGUUUGGUAGAACACACGAUAUCGUCGUUUGGUCUUCGUCUACAGUCCGGAGUACGGAGAGGGAAUCUAUCCCCAACUUUAUGUUUUUCUCUCUACUCCAAGCGUUCAUUUUUUCCCGUUGGAUGCCACAUAAUUGAAUAGAGGUUACUGAAAGUCAAUUGCUGAGACUGUGAGGGCCUAAGGAACAGCAGCAGAGAAUGGCUACAGUGGGGACAGACAAGGAGCUCAGUGACCUGCUGGAUUUCAGCGCGAUGUUUGCACCGCCGGUGUUGAAUGGGAAGAACAGGCCCACCACUCUAGCCAGCAGCCAGUUCGGAGGCACUGGUAUGGAUGAGCGAAGCGGUUCUACCCCCUGGGCAUCUGGAGAACAGAACAGCCCUUCCUUCAACCAGGGACGGGGUUAUGGUGAAGGAACUCAUUACAAUGAGCAUGAAUGCCUGGCUUCCACCCCUAUGUUCGGCUCAGGAAUUGUGGGCAAAGCUGAGCGAGGACCCUACUCUUCUUUUGGAGCACAGCCGGGCUUUAUGCCCAGUGAGAUGCCCAUGCCCAGUCCUGAUGCCCUGUCCCCCUCGGGUCUGAAGUCUGGCUCCCAGUUCUACCCCUCCCAGUUCAAUCCUCGCAGGAGAUCCACCCAGGAGAGCAUGGAUGGCCAGCCAAAAAAGAUCAGGAAAGUUCCCCCUGGCCUGCCCUCUUCAGUGUAUGCGUCAGCCUCAGGAGAGGACUAUAACAGAGACGGUGCAGGGUAUCCUGCCUCCAAGCCUGGGAACGUGGGCUACCCCGGCUCCUUCUAUAUGCAAGAAGGUCUGCACCCCUCCCCUGACCCGUGGAGUUCUGCCGGGCCGAUGGGGCAGCCGGGCUACUCUGCUGUGCUGGGUAACUCCCCUCACCUGGGCCAGCCCGCCCCCUUCACCGCCAUCAACCCCCAGGACAGACUGAAGCGCCAGCCGUUGCCACUCUCGCCCCAGAACUACCCCCUUCACGGCAGCGAGGUGAACGGGAGCUUUCACCCUGGGUCCACUGGCUACGGAGUCCCCAACCACACACCCCCCAUCAACGGAACAGACAGCAUCAUGGCCAACCGGGGAACAGCUCCACCUAGCUCAGGAGAUGAGAUCGGCAAAGCCCUGGCAUCAAUUUAUCCUUCGGACCACAACAGCAACACCUUCCCUUCAUCUCCAUCUACUCCAGUGGGCUCUCCCCAGGCCAUAGCAGGUUCUGCCUCUCAGUGGUCCCGGGGCUCGGGACAGGCCACACCCUCUCCAAACUUUGAGGGAGGACUGCAGGCUCUGCAAAACAAAAUGGAGGACCGCCUGGAGGAGGCAAUCCACGUUCUGCAGCGCCACGCCGGGGGACAGGGGGGCCCAGGGGGGCUGACUGACAUGCACAGCCUCCUCAGCGCUGGGAUAGGAGGUCUUGCCCAGGCCUUCAACAACGCUGGCCUGGGACUGGCCAACAGACUGCCCAACCUGAUGUCCAACCACCAUGAGGACUCUGCUGGUCCGCCCUCUAGUGGUCCUGGUCUGCAUGGUCACAAUGGCCCUCCCUCAGCCCAGCCUGGCAGCCAGCCUGAGGGCUUCACCAGCCUCUCCCGCUCCACACACUCGUCCAGUGGCGCCGACAUCAAAAGGGAGGACAAGGAGGAUGACGAGAACUCCUCCGUGGCUGACAAGUCAGAGGACGAGAAGAAAGACUCGAAGGCCCGCCCCCGAACAAGAGAGACGUUCUCCUUCCAGACCUUCUCUUCCUCCCUAUCAGACACGGGAGCAGACAGCAGCUGCAGCGUGGCCUCGCCCAGCGACGACAACCUGACGGCAGAGGAGAAGGAGAAGCGUGAGCGGGAGCGCCGCUCGGCCAACAACGUCCGGGAGAGGGUGCGCGUGCGCGACAUUAACGAGGCGUUCAGGGAGCUGGGCCGGAUGGUGCAGGUGCACCUGCGCGGCGACAAGGCCCAGACCAAACUCAUCAUCCUGCAGCAGGCCUCGCAGGUCAUUAUGGGCCUGGAGAAGCAGGUCCGAGAGCGUAACCUGAACCCCAAGGCAGCGUGUCUGAAGCGGAGGGAGGAAGAGAAGGUUUCGGGGGUGGACCCCCAGAUGCAGAUGGGAGGGGGGCACCCCGGGUUAGGCGGCGAUGGACACAACUCUGUGAACCAUAUGUAACACCCAGCUCCUGUUGAUUGUACAGCUCUUAGAAGACGUGGCCUUAUUGUCUUAUUAUGCAUCUCAGUGGGCGUCAAUCCACAAAGGUGCGCUCUCGAUAUAGCACAUAUAGUGGAGAAGCGCAUACACACACACACACAACUGACAAAGCCAGUGGCCACAUUCCUGACCAUGAACACCCCUAUACACCAGAGAUUUGAAGAAUAUUUACAGUUAACACACCCUGAACUCCAAGGAGAGACUGGGCCACAGAAAGAGGAAAUUUAAACUCAAUGAUUUUCUGCCUAAUGGUCAUGUUUUUGUAAGACAUUUUGAGAAGUUGCUUUACAUGUUGGGAGCAAAAUUUGUUUGGAUCAAAUAGUAUUUUUGGAUCAAUUGCUCAUGUGAGCAACAGGAUUUUGUGUCCUUUGGGUAGUCAUCUGCCAUUCCCACCCUGAAAAGAAGGUCAUAGUUUCAUUACAAGCAAAGGUGACACCAGAAUCUAACCUGUGAGUAACUAUGUGCCUGAUAUACAUGCAUAACGCCAAGGCUUGGGAGAGUUAGAAUUGUCGUCACCCCCACCAUUUUUUUCCUCAAAUGGCUGAAACACAGUACAGUUUGAGGUAUCCAGCCACCCCACCAGAAUGUAAAAGACUGGACAGUCAUAGUGAUGAAGGGACACUUAUUGAAUCGGCAGGCACAGUGCUGUUAUAUAGCACAAUGGUUUAAAAAAGUUUCUGCCCUCUCGUAAGGGCUGACAGGCCUGUCUGAAGGAUUUGUAUGGUGGGUAUUUAUUUGAUCCAGGAAUCCUACAAACCUUCCGUUUUUGUCCUCUUCAUCUGUUUGUUGCUACUGCCAUGGGUGGAGUGGAAGCACUCCCAGUGAGGAAGGUGUCCCCACCCACCAACACAUACAGAGACCCAGGACAGGUCAUGACUCGCUACUAGCUGAGAACCACUUCCGGUUCACCUACUUUUCAACAGGAUCACACAGUCAUCUCAAGACUUCCUCACUCUGACUUGGGGAGAUUGGACUGAAACAUGCAGGAAGUGUGUGUGUGCUCUGAACCAGAGCAAGCCUCUCCCCCUCCACUGCCACUCCCUUACCCUUCUUUACCCCUCCUGUUCUGCCUCCAUUUCAGCCAGGCCAUGUGGAUGCAUGGUCAGUACCCUCUGCCCCAAACUGAGUCAAACACCUGCCUUCAUUUCUUUCUCUUCCCGUUUGUGGAGCAAGUGUCAUCAGUUGGCAAGGCAAACCUAUAUGGCCAUGUCAUGCGUACUUAAAGAUUUUAUGUACGACAUAAGGAAAUGUCUGUUUUUUAAGUAGACUACAGUUAUUUCGACGAGUAUGGAAGGAAUAAUGGUUGGACUUCAAGAGGGUUGGUUUUUGUGGAGUGGGUCCUGAAAUAUCAAAGCGAUCUUCCCUUGAAUGCGUUCAACUGCCAUCUAUGGACAACAAUUUUUGUUCCUUAAAUUACAGGAAGCAUUGGGCGUUUUGAACAAUUUAUAAAGUCUGUAAGGAUCCUCCUUUUUGUAGAAGUGAUGUGUUAUUUUUUAUUUUUUUUAUUUUGUAAUAUAGCUGUAUGAGUUUUCUUUUGGAUUGCAUUUAUUUUUGUUUACCUUGUUUAAAUGUAAGAACUCUCAUUUUAGAUGCCAGGAACAAACUAUCUCUUUUUCCAUCCCAAACGUAGUAAUCUCUUUUUUUAUGAUGACAAAAGCAAGAAGUGCCAGUUGCUAAGGGGUGAAAGUAGUAAACGCCAACACUCCAAAUAAGGCUACAAUAUCCACCAACUAUUUUGGAAGUACAGGUCAUUUGGAGAUGGUCUGUAUAAAUCAUUUAAACCAGUUACUACUUCAUACUUACUAUCAAAGGAUAUGUCAAAGUAUUGGCAAGCUUUGUCACUCAAACAUUUAAGUGCAAACUCUGAUAUUGUUGAAAAAGGAACAACGUAUUACGUUUUUCAUACCAGUUUCAUUUUAUGGCAAUCCUUUUCAGCUUGCUAGGUUUUUGACUUUGGUAUCAUUCUUAGUAGUUACUCACCAGGCCUGAAAAUGUCACUGUUGAAACUUCACUGUGAUUGUCACUGCAUGCGUGGCUUUCCAAGAGAACCUUUUACAGAUAUAGACGAUUGACAUGGGAGGGAAGUGUUUCAGUACAUAUAAAAAAUCUAAAGUAAUGUUUUUGACCCUUUUCCUCUGUUUCUCAGUUAGUGAUGGGCAUCCCUGAACAACUGAGUCCACUUUGAUUUACUGAGCCCUAUUACCAGUUUCUAGAAUUUAAUGGAUAUGAGUGUUUCCAGACCUGUUAUCUUCCGUAUAAAACAUUGAUUUAGACAACACUCAGAGUACCAUAUCCUUCCUUAAUUUUUUUUUUUUUUUUAACAUUCUCAACUUUGUUUUCUACUAACUAGGGCAGAGACAUUUUUGUUUUGAUAUGAAAAAUGUGAAAUUGACAUGUUCAGUAUGUACCUAUACAAGACCUGGCCAGUUGAUGUUAUAGAGAUCAACUAAACAGUAUUUUUUUCCCUGCAGAGUGAUACUGAAUUGCAACAGUAUUUUCUCAGUUUGGCCUGUUUGUCUUUCAUAAUAACCAUCCUCCAGAUGAAAACCCUAAGCUGCCAUUGGUUCUUCUGUCUCACAGAAGACACAUUGUUUUGGGAUUUAUAUAUAUUUAAAAAAUGAUCUGAAAACUGAACAUUGCUGAUGUUAUUUGUGUUAAUUUUUGUUAAUAUUAAACUGCAAAUGUUGAGUACAGUAUCCUUAACUUCCCUUGUCAAAACGCACAACUAGUAUUUUGCCUGCGGUCUCAUGGUCUGCCAAUCUCUGCCCCUUCAACAGACGGUCACACUGCUACAAAACCAACUGUCGCUCUUACAUUGGGGACAGAAUCCAUUUGUCCUCAAAGUGCCUCCAGUUUCCUAUUUUUUAUAUAUAUAUAUCUAUAUAUAUAUAUAUAAAGUAGAUAUUGAGAACUGUCAUGUAUAUAACAGUAAUGUAGCAAUAAAUGUGCCAUUUUUAACAGAAAUAUACCUUUUUUUCAAUGUCUGUCUUUUUGAGCUUGUAUACCUAAAUGAGAAAAAAAAACAUUGUAAUAAAGGGUUGAAAACA